GAGCAGGAUGUGCGAUCACAUGAGAGGUGGCCCUCCCAGGCUCCCGUAUAUCUUCUUCACUGCACGGAUCGGGCACCUGAUAAGGAGAUCUGUUACAGACUGGAAGCGGAUCUGUGCGAGCGACUCAGCUGGAGCGAAGGAAUGGCGCAGGCACCAGUGACCAAUGAUGCCGAAACUGAACAAACCCUGACCUGCUUACAUCUAAGAAUGUACCAUCCGCAGCAACACAGCAAACAGAUAUUUAAGUCCAUUAAGGUAGGCCACAGACAAGAAAUAAAGGCAGAAGAAGUAGUGACCUUCGGACGAGACUUCAAAAUUUGUAACUACCCGUUGCUUAGCAGUACGGCUUCCAGGAUUCAGUUUUCUUUGGAGUUCUUCAAGCCGUUUCAAAGCGGCACGACAGCUUUUGCGAUCAAAAACCUGAGCAAGAAAUACAAGCUGUCCGUUGACCAUUUGGAGCUGGACUACUUGAACAAGAAGGACCUUCCAGACACGUGUCUGAUUCGUUUUGGGGAGUUUCAGAUCCUGGCAGAGAAGGAAGACGGGGAGUCUGAGAAUAUGUUCGAGAUCUGCUGCGAAGUGUCACGCACUCCACUCUUCCAGGAACACGUAAGGGUUCCCAUACCUGAAAACGGUGCUUUGAAUGGCGCGGCUCCAAUCGCGGAAGAAGUUGAUGAAAAUGAAUUGUAAGAAAAGGGUCUGACCCUAAAAGUAAACCUGGAACUUGCCGUAUUAACGGGCAGCCUCCUGCACGCCAGGGAGUUGACCAAAAUAAUAUGUAAAGCAACCGGAGUAUUUCAUGAUCCCAUCACAAGGUUUUAGAAACCAUGUGACAAAAGCAAAAAUUGAGAAUCUUUCUUAUUUUUCCGUGCACAAGUAUGUUAAGUGUUGGAUACCCCUGACUUAAUCCUACGAACGUUUUGUAAAUUGUAGUUUUACAUUUGCCAUAUUUACCUCUUACCGAUUUUGGUAGUUAACCGUGGCAUGUAAUUUGCUGUUGAACUACAUUGCCUAUGAUCCUCAAUCGCUCCUGGGAUAGGAGACUAUAUUGUAUGUGGGAAUGCAAUUACUAUAUUAAUAUUGUAAAUGUUUAUAUCAUUUGUAU